AUGCCACUUGUAAGCAGAUAUCCAGAAAUUGUGAUUCCUGAAGUUUCUUUGACGGAUUAUAUUUUAAAAUCGUUGUAUCGUCGUCGCUGCGACAGAACAGCCAUUAUACAUGCUCCAACGGGGCGGGAAAUAACAUUUGGCGACGUUGCAAAUAUCACCAUAAAAUGUGCAAGUGCAUUAUCAAGGCGAGGAUUGAAGAAGGGUGAUAUUGUAGCGACUUGUGCUUCAAACAGUCCAGAAUACAUCAUUGUUAUGUUAGCUGUUGCCGCUUGUGGAGCUACAAUCACUACGUCUAACCCAUUGUAUACACAAAAUGAAAUGAAAAGGCAAUUUCAACAUUCUGAGCCAACGAUGGCAUUCGCUGUUUCUGCAUCUUAUGAAAAGGUGAAAAAUGUGGCGGAGAUUGCUUCUUCUUUGCAGAAAAUAUACACUAUUGGAAAGAUAGCAGGAGUUGAGAGUUUUGAUGAUCUUAUAAGAGAUGAAGAUGGAAGCGCCUUUCCAAGGAAUGUUCAAAUCGAUCCACGUGAAGAUGUCUUGUUUCUUCCAUACUCGAGUGGAACAACCGGAAUGCCAAAGGGUGUAAUGCUGACUCACUAUAAUUUUGUGUCGUGUCUGUCAAUUCAUAAGUAA